AUGUGGACAACACAAAGCCUCGAGGCUCAGGGCGGCGCGGUCCGAGAUCGUGCAAAGAUCGCCGAACUCAAUCCGCUGUUCCACUACCUGGACAUCGUCCGCGCGCCGAUGAUCGGGCAGCCGCAAGAGCUUUACCACUGGGACAUCGCAAUGACCGAACAUGUGAACAUCUCAACGCACAACGCCUGCGUCGACUUCCCGAUCUUCGACGCGAAGUCCCGGUCGAUGAAGAAGGCAUUCCUCGGUAAAGCGGGUGGCGCCAUCGGCCGCAACAGUUCCGACGUUGUGGUCGUGGAAGCCCUGAAAGACAUCACGAUGACGCUCAAAGAGGGCGACCGUGUAGGGCUGGUCGGCCACAACGGCGCCGGAAAGUCCACCCUGCUGCGCUUGCUCUCCGGGAUCUACGAACCCACCCGGGGAUCCGCCACCAUUCGCGGACGCGUCGCACCUGUUUUCGACCUCGGAGUCGGCAUGGAUCCCGAGAUCUCCGGCUACGAGAACAUCAUCAUCCGCGGCCUGUUCCUCGGUCAGACCCGCAAGCAGAUGCUCGCGAAGAUGGAUGAAAUCGCCGACUUCACCGAACUCGGCGACUAUCUCGACAUGCCAUUGCGCACGUACUCCACCGGCAUGCGCGUGCGCAUCGCUAUGGGCGUGGUCACCAGUAUCGAUCCCGAGAUCCUGCUACUCGACGAAGGCAUCGGUGCCGUCGACGCCGAAUUCAUGAAGAAGGCCAGACUGUGCAACAGCGCGAUGUGGAUCGACCACGGCCAGAUCCGCAUGCAGGGUGACAUCGAGGAUGUCGUGCGCGCCUACGAAGGCGACGACGCCGCCGAACACGUGCGUCACGUGAUCAAGGAGAUGGAACGGGAGAACACCCUCACCCAGUCGCGGUCGCUCGAUCACCUGGUUGUCGUCGACAACGCCGACGAAGCCGAUGUGAAAGACCUCGUCGACAACGCUCACUGCCGACGAGUUACAUCGGUUCUCAGCACAACCUCGGCGGUGCCGGAGGAUUUGCUCGGGGCAUUCUACGCACUUUCGCUCGGCGCCGACCGCGUCUGGCUCGCCGACGACGACGGGCGUCCGGAGGGCCCCGAGACCGCCUCGCGUUCCCCUUGCGCCGCGGCACGUCGUAGCGCCGGUUGCGUUCCGAACUCGGCGACGGAUCUCCUGCCAGGCAUCGCGUCCCUCUUCAACGGUGCACUCUUCACCGCCGAUGCGAUCGAUGCUGUCGGAGUUCCGGAUCUACGCCUGUUCGUCCGCGGCGACGAGGUCGAGGUACAUCGUCGCCUCGUGCGCUCCGGCCUGAAGUUCGGCACCUGCCUGCAAUACUGCUUACGUCCACCCCAACGGCGCGGACGAGUUCAAGCCGAUCUCUCGGCGGACGUAUGCACACGCAGUACCCCGACAACGACACGAAGCGCUACUUCACCUUACCGCAACCGUGGAUACAUCCUCGCCCAACCGGGAAUGCGGAAACUGCUUCCGCAGGAAUGGGUUCGGUUCGGCUGGUACUUCCUGAUCACCCGCCGCGAUCCGGGCAGGACUACGCGAGUGGAUGCGGACCGCGCAAACUCGGCCGGGAGAGAAACGGCAGCGAUCCACGCGGUGCCAACUGAUCAGCACGGGCGACUGGGCGACCGUCGCCGAGGUACAUCGAACUCACGCGAACCCGAGAUGCACAUCGGUCACUCUCGAUACUCCCCCGAAUCAAGCAGCAUCGUUCGAUCCUCGGCGUCUGGAAAAUCGGAAGGCCAGAUUCUGGUUGGGCGGAACGUCGACACUGUCGUCAUCGCCACGGCGUCGGACGGCGACGUCGAUCUCGGCGACACUCGAGCGACUACUCGCACUCGCCUGGGAAAGCGGCGCAACACCCGUCGUCGCACUCAGCACCAAAAUCGGAUGCAGCUCAAUAUAUCUCCGACACUC